AUGGACGAUGAAUAUUUCGGUUCUAUAACCAUACAGGCAAACGACGAGUUCUACAUUGGUCGAGAUGAGAAGACAAGUUACUGGCACUGGCCGGAUCCUACCAUCUCGAACCGACAUCUGAGGAUCCACUGUAUCGUGUACGAAGAGGAUUCGACGGCAGAUGUUCCACCUCUUGUGUAUGCCGAGGAUCUUUCAAGCAACGGGACCUACUUGAGAAGAGCUGGUGAUGUGACGGAGCAAGAUGGCCAGCCCUAUGGUAUGCUCAUGGGCGCCAAGAGUGGUGCCGUACUGCUUGGCCACGAAGAUCAGCUUCGUGUGACACCCAGCUUGGUGCUGGUUUAUAACUCUUUCCAUCAGUCUCUUGCCGCCGAAGCGAAGCUUGAUGUUGUUCAGGCACGAGAGAAAGCAUUGUUCGAGGGGCGUUACAGAAUCACCAACAGAAGGCUCGGUGUUGGUGGCAACGGCAGCGUCUUUGCUGCACUUCACCGGAGGUCCCAGCGUCAGUUGGCAUGCAAAGUUGUCGACCUGAGAAAGGAUAUUGACCCUUUGGGAACCGGCUCACGGCCUGUUGAUACGAACACUCCGCUCCAGUCUCAGCUGUAUCAGGCGGAGAAGUGGCGUCAACAUUUACGUAUGAGGUUCAGGGAGUUUGACAUCCUCAAAAAUCUUAGCCAUCCCAACAUCAUCACGCUGGAGAAAGUUUUUUACAGCCCCAACACCAUCUACAUCUUCCAAGAACUUAUUACUGGUGGUGACCUCUUCUCAUAUCUCGAGUACAGAGGCGGACGCUUGGAGGCUGCAGAAGCCGCCAUGAUGAUCCGACAAAUACUCAAGGCCGUCGAGUACCUCCACGACCGCGACAUCGUACACAGAGAUCUCAAGCCGGACAAUGUCUUGAUGACCUCUCUGUCUGCCGGUGCACGCGUCAUAUUGACAGACUUCGGCAACGCGAGGCACCUCCCAAACGCAAAGCGGCGAAUGUUCACAGUAGUCGGGACGCUUGAAUACGCCGCGCCCGAGAUCUACAAGAUCAACAGGACAAUGCCGUCGAACGAGGGGUAUUCGAAAGCCGUCGAUAUGUGGUCAAUUGGAGCCAUAACGGCUGCUCUUAUCACGGGCGACGUGAUCUUCACUAACCGCGACGACCCACUGUACCAGAAGGAGCCGGCACGGGUCAUUUUAAGUAUGGCGGCAGCUUGCGACCUGUCAGCCAUGAAUACCAACGUCGGGACGUGGAAAUCUGUUGGUGAGAGACCAAAAGACUUCAUUCGCAGGCUACUAGUGCUCAACGAGACGGCCCGAAUGACGGUCAAGCAGGCCUUGGCCCACAAGUGGUUCACAAAGAAGAGCCAUGCCGACAAGCUUGAGAUAAUCUACCAGCGUGCAAUAAAUGACUGGCGGCCGCGACGGAAGAUCUUUAACAUCGUGGAGCCACUCAAGAUCAGCAACCUGCCGGAGCCAUACCCGUCUAUAUUCGCACCGAUUGCUCUAUCUCCAAAGACCAAGUCGCGAUACUUUUCAGCGCCGCAUUCUUCUCCUGAACAUGCUAUCGUCCUCGGCUCACCUCGAAAUGUCCCGCACACGCCGCUGCCGACAAUCGCUGAGGAAGAAGAUGCCACAGUCGUCGCUGGAAACAUGGAACCGGGAAUGGUUGACUCAUCGGCUUUAACUGAUGUUCGUAGCGCUCCUUCAAGACAGGAGUCGGACAUUUCCAUGCGGCAGAAGAUAAGUCAGAUUGAGUUGUCCGACCAAGAGGAAGACUUCCGCAAGGCUGGCGACCUUACCCCAGAUCUACAACCAUGCUUCAUGGAAGGGGAUGCAGAACACACUCACGGUGAUUUCUACGAUGAAGUUCCAUAUCCUAUGGAUCAGACGUCAUCUCUGAGCCCAGACUCGGCCGAAGAGCCCAUGCCUGAGGCUGUGCAGGAAACGCCGCCUCCUCUACCGAAGCGGCGUUCACCUGAUGACAGUAUGGCCGAGUGUGAAACACAGAGGGAGGCUGGAAGCAGAGCCUCGUUCAAUGGCGAUUCAGCGCUACCCCCAAAGCGUCUGCGGCUGAUUUAA